CGGGAGGAUACACUGGCAUCGGCCUUGAAACAGUGCACGCCCUGCUGCAACAUGAUGCUGCCAAGGUCAUCGUCGCGGGGCGCAGCCAAACGAAAUACGAUGAGGCAGUCAAGAAGUUGGAGGCCAGGGGAGACGUCAGCGGGACGUUGAACAGAAUGGAGUUCCUUGAGCUUGACUUGGCUAGCUUGAAGGGCAUUCAGAAGGCAGGCAAGGAGCUCCAUGGGAAGACUGAUAAGUUGCACAUGCUCUUUGCUAGCGCUGGAGUCAUGGUCCCUCCCCUCGGCUCCCGCUCGGCAGACGACAUUGAGCUCCAAUUGGCCACCAACACGCUCGGACACCACUACCUCAUCCAGCUCUCCCUACCUCUUCUUCUCGCCGCCCGCUCCAAGGACUUCUCACCUCGAGUCUGUCUCACCUCCUCUUCAGGUCACAACGCCAUCAUGGGUCCCCCUGCCUUCAGCAAGGCCGAUCCCGAGAUCAAAAAUCGCGGCAAGGCGUGGUAUCUGCCCUCCGACACGCGUCGUCAACUCCUGUACGGCAACUCCAAGAUGGGCAACAUCCUCACUGCAAACAAGUUCCACCGCCUCUAUGCUUCACAGGGCCUCGUCUUUGCGUCGUGCAACCCGGGAAACCUCAAGACGGAGCUAGCCAGACACGUCCCCUCGCUGACCAAGAGGAUGAUCCAGUUCCUUCUCUUUCCCCCCGAGUACGGAGCGCUCAAUCAGCUGUACAUCUGCACGAGUCAGGAUGGGGAGAAGUUGGGCGGACAAUACGUUGCGCCGUGGACUAGAGUGGUCAGUCCCUCCCACGAGGCGAAGGACCAGAAGAGCGAGGAUGAGUUGUACGAGUGGUGCGAGGAGACGAUUAAGAGGGUGGUCGGAUAGAGGGG